ACAACUUAUAUUUCUGUCCCGACUGCUUUUUCAUAUUUUGUUACAUGCUAAACGUACAGUAAGUUAAACUAGGUUGGCCAUCCUCAAUGAUUAUACAUUUUGAAAAUUGCAUGAAGUGUCUUUCUUGUGAAAACGCUUACGUCACGGUCUCCCAAAGUGCAGUCAGCUGGUGAAGUCUUGGAGUCACUGCCUAAAAGGAGACUUAACCCUUCUUCGGUGAAAAUAUCUAAACGCAGCUUUUCGUUAUUUUCAAUCCUGGACAGUUUAACUUUCAAGUCUGCUACGCAACCAAUUGUAUUUAUUUUUCUUUUAAGUAAAUAUCAUAUUUCCUAGUAGCCUAUUUAAACUUUUAAACAAGUGGUAAUCCGGUGGUCGCGUGCGACCUAGCGCCGGUCCAGCAGUCCAGUGUUCUGCUCAGCCCCGCGGUCAUGUUCGGAACACGAAAGACCUGGGAUCUUGGCCACGCCCCCUGCCUUCAGGACCUCUGGAAGAAAGACGUCUCAUUGGACGCGAGCUCAGGGGACUUUCUGAUGAGUGAUGGUGAGGAGGACAGCUCCUUCCUGUCUCUGCCUGGUACCACCUUCGCACAGUGUCCCUCGCUGACUGCUGACCUUACAGAAACUAGUCCCCACAACCAGCAAUUACUCGUACAGAAGGUCACCUGGUCUUAUUCCUGGACACCUGCCUAUACGCUGCAAGACAAGGUGUGUGAGUUCCAGGCGCGUCUGCGUAGUGAGGAGGGCUCUCGCCGCCUGCAGCUGCAGCGGUUACAGCACAGUCACAAACAGAGUCUCCAGGAAAAGACCAACGUCAUCCACACACUGCAGGAGGAGCUGCACUCAGUCCAGCCCAGAGGCGUGAGACCAUUGCAAAAGCUGGCUGAGCCAAAGGAGCAGCAGCCUCCCAGAGAGCGUUCCAAAGAGCGUCUCACCAGUCAGGAGGGAGAGCAGCUCAUUGCUCAGCUGCGCACACAGGUGGAGGAGCUGGAGGAGAAGCUGUUGGACCAGAGCCAGGAUGUGGAGAGACUGCGCUCUGAGCUGGGUGCGACAGAUCUGGAGAAGCACUUGGAGCUGCUUGUGUGUGAGAAUGAGCGGCUAAAGCAGGAGUUGAAGUCAUGCAAGACUUCUCUGCUCCACACCCAGGAUAGGCCAGCCGACUCCACAUGCUCUGCCUGCCCCAGCUGCCAGGAUGCAGAGGUCAUGCGAGGAGAGGUGUCUCAGUGGGAGAGCCAGGCCAGGCAGAGGGAGAUGAGGCUGGCUGAGCUGGAGAAGGAUCUCCUAGAGAAGACCUACAGGGUGGAGACCCUCCAUAGACACCUGGAAGAGUCCAACUGCCAGCUGGGGGAGACCCAGAGGCAACUGGGAGAGUCCAAGCGUCAGCGGGGAGAGGUGGAGCAGCGGCUUAAGCUCCGGCUCAAGGACAGUGAAGAGGAGCUGGCUCGAGAGUCCGCGAUGCCGCCGCAGGUCAAGGCGGUGGAGUCUCAGAAGGAGCUGGCUGUAGCAGCCAAAAGCGCUGCCCUGCAGGAGAAGCUGGCUGUGCAGAGACAGCUGCUUAGAGAGCUGGAGCAGCAGCUCCAUGAGUCCCAGAGGACCUGCACCCAGCUACGAGCACAGCUGCAUAUGGACCGUGGCCGCUUGUGCGCCCUGCUCUCCAAGGCUAUCGGCAAGGGCAACGGCGAGGUCAUUCGCAGGUUGUCCAAGAUCCUGGUGUACGAGGGGGAGAUGGAAAGGACCCAGGGCCAGCUUGAGGCUGAGAUGCAGAACCUGGAGGAAGAGAAGAACAGAGUGAUUGAGGAGGCCUUCAUUAGAGCUGAAAGUGAGAUGAAAGCUGUACAUGAAAACCUAGCUGGUGUUCGUAUGAACUUGCUGACCCUGCAACCUGCACUGCGAACCCUUACCUGUGACUACAACUGUCUGAAGAGACAGGUUCAAGACUUUCCCUUCAUGCUGGACAAAGCCAUCACAGAGGCUAAGCAAGAGAUCUGCCAAGUGAUCAGUGAGGUCAGCAGUGCCAACCAGGAGCUGCUGCGUAAAUACAAAAGGGAGAUGAACUUGAGAAAGAAGUGUCAUAACGAGCUGGUGCGCCUCAAAGGCAACAUCAGGGUUUUCUGUCGCGUGCGGCCUGUGUACCAUGGGGAAUCAGAUUCAGCAGAGGCCAAAAACAUGGUGACCAUUGACUCUGAUGAUGACUCAGUCCUCUACCUCUCCAACAAAGGAAAACUGAUGACCUUUGAACUUGACAAGGUGUUCCCACCUCAUGCCUCUCAGGAAAAGGUGUUUCAGGAGGUCCAGUCCUUGGUGACUUCCUGUAUCGAUGGCUUUAAUGUGUGUAUCUUCGCCUAUGGACAGACAGGCUCAGGAAAGACCUACACCAUGGAGGGUGUGGUCCAGGACCCUGGCAUAAACCAGAGAGCUUUAAGGCUGCUCUUCUCUGAGGUGACUGAGAAAGCUCCCGACUGGGACUACAAAAUCACAGUCAGCAUGGUGGAGAUCUACAAUGAGACCCUUCGGAACCUCUUGGGAGAGAACCCCAGUGAGAAGCUGGACAUUAAAAUGAACCCAGAUGGUAGCGGUCAGCUGUAUGUGCCCGGUCUCACAGAGUUCAUCGUCCAGAGUCCCGAGGACAUCAAUAAGGUUUUUGAGCUGGGUCAUAUGAAUAGAGCCACCGCCUGUACAAACCUGAAUGAACAUAGCUCGCGCUCCCAUGCACUCCUCAUCAUCACUGUGGCAGGAUUCAACUGCUCCACUGGACAUCGCACUCAUGGUAAGUUGAACCUGGUGGACUUGGCGGGCUCUGAGCGGAUCGGAAAGUCUGGGGCUGAGGGUAGCCGCCUCAGAGAGGCCCAGUGCAUCAACAAGUCACUGUCGGCCCUGGGCGACGUCAUAAACGCGCUGCGGAGCCGACACUCCCAUGUGCCAUUCAGGAACUCGCGGCUCACCUACCUCCUCCAGGACUCACUGAGUGGGGACAGCAAGACGCUGAUGAUGGUCCAGGUGUCUCCUCUAGUCAGCAACAUGAGCGAGUCGGUGUGCUCGCUGAAGUUUGCCCAGCGUGUACGGACCAUUGAGCUAGGCUCCGUCUCCUCAAGAAGACAGACAGAAAACUCCUCCACCUCCUCCUCCCCCACCCACGACAGCAUUGAGGACAGAUCCAGCUUCAUUAUAGCCCAUCAUAGGAAUGUUUGCCUUCUGCAGCUGGACUCUCCACCAGUGACUCCGGUGCCCCUUCCCAUCUCCCGGGCCAGCAGUGCUGGCUCUACCCUCUCCUCCACAUCCAAGACCCCCACCACACGCAGGAGGUCCCAGUCUCAGCUCUCAACAGACAGGCAGGUAGACACAGCCAGACCAUUGCUCGGGGAUGGUGGGCAGGACGAUUAAAGCUGGUCGCCUGAGAUCCCUGCUGGGCCCGUCCACAAAGAAUGAGAACACCUGGCCUGGAGGGGUGUGAACCAGCACUACUGAAUUGACAACCAGUCGGAACACCAAAUCAGCUACAUCCUCUGACCUUGUGCAUUUCUCAUCCUAUGCUUGAAAGGAGUGACUGAAUCAAACAAUGGAUCAUGUUGUGACUAUUUUGAGCUACGUGACCUAGUGAGAGCUAGCGUUUUAUCAGAUCUUUCCACAUGUAUGACAUUUGACCUCCUAAUAUUUAAAACUAAGACUGUAUCUCCUUCAUGGACUCUGAGGAAAGAGGAUCUUGCGUUUUUCCCACAUUGCUAGGGUUGUUGUUGAGCACCAUGUCUUCCAGCACUCACUACGGACACCUGAAGAGGCUCCACUGACCAACAACGUUGCUGCAGUCAACCCUUCAUUACCCAGAAUGGCUCACUUACCUCUCAGCCUGGACUGAGAUUUGCUCUUCUGUUGGCCAAAAGACAACUCACCUCUCCCCCUUUAUCAGAGACAGUGCUAAAUCAUCCUUAUCAUCCAACAGUGUACAUUGUAAUCACAGUAUUUAAAAUUGGGUAAAAAUGCACUUUAAACAAGGCUGUUACCUUAUUGAUGUUUUUAAUCAUUAAUGAUUUCAUUAAUGCAUUAUAUAUAUAUACAGUAUAUCUGCGUUGAACUGUUUUAUGAACUUUUUGCAGUUUUGUUUUCUAAUGAGGAACAUCUUGGUCUCCUCACUCAUUUCCCUUAAUCAAUCAGGGUACUCUACAUGAAGUGAGCUGGGCAUAUUCUGUCCAAUAGGACAUGAGCAAUAAGAUAGAUGUGCACAGGGAGAGGUUCUUCCUGUGUGCAUGUGUGUUUUAGAAUAGCAAAAAUUGGCUAUAUAGACCUGCAUCUAACUGCCUUAGCACUGCAUGGAAGCACUCACAUUCCUUUGUAUCUUGUUUUAUGUCUUGCACAGAGCUAAUAGAGCUUGAUAGAUUCAAAACCAUGUCAGACAGUAAAUGCUCAUGGUAGAAGUUGACUCUUAACAGCACUGUCUGUGCUUUUAUCCUGACUACAUUCUAAACCUCAUCGGUAGUUAAGAUCUGACCUCAGGCCAGUGUCUGGGUACAACUUGUCUUCACUGCCCUAUCUGACCACAACCAGCAAGUGACUUCAGACCUCACAGAACAAACACUAACAUGUAGCCAUGGAAACCGCUGCUGGACUGUGGAGGGAGUGAUGAGACUCUGGCAUCUGUGUUGUAAAUGCAUUUAUGCCGUAGGAAUGCUUCAAGUUUGAUCAACAGCUGAUGGUUUCUUUAUGUUAACUCAAUUUUCCUUCCAGAUGUUCUAAAACGUUAACGUGGGAGGAACAUUGAGACGUGUUGUUGGUUGCUGCUGGUAUUGCUGCUUGCUUGUGUCGUUGUAUAGUAGGUUUCUAAACAGUUUUGUUUUUGUACACCCUUUUUAAUAAACAUGAAAUCAAAUGAAA